AAUAAAACGAAACCCUUUUUCUGGCCUGAAUAAAACGAACCUUUUUAAAACUACCCCCAGAGUGCCUCCGUAUUAUAUAAAGCCGUCCAUCACAAAGUUAGACCCUGCAUUUCGAAGCAGAGUCCUUUUCCUUUUACAAUAUGAACUGGAGUAGAGGCAGCAUCCUAGGCCAUGGCUCAUCGGCCACCGUCUCCCUGGCUUCCUCCCAGUAUGGCGAAGCCUUCUUCGCUGUCAAGUCGUCGGAGCUUUCUUGCUCGGAAUUGUUACAGAGAGAGCAGAGAAUUCUCUCUUCCUUGUCUUCUCCUUAUAUAGUUAGCUAUAAAGGGUGUGACAUCACGAAGGAGAACAGCAAGGUCUUCUACAAUCUUUUCAUGGAGUAUAUGCCUCUUGGAACGCUUCUUCAAGACUCGCCGCAGGGUGGCCGCCUCGACGAGCCAAUGAUCGCCCGCUACAUCCGGCAAGUUGCGCAGGGGCUAGAGUAUCUGCAUUCAAAAGGGUUGGUACAUUGUGACAUUAAGGGUACCAAUAUCUUAAUUGGCGAAGGUGGAGCCAAAAUUGCAGACUUUGGAUGUGCUAAGCGGUGGGAGACGGCAGCGCCCAUGAGUGGGACGCCGAUGUUUAUGGCGCCGGAGGUGGCGCGAGGCGAAGAACAGGGGUGUCCUUCUGACAUUUGGGCACUUGGGUGCACCGUCAUUGAAGUGGUUUCUGGGCUUUCCCCAUGGCCUAACGUAGGAGACCCCGUUUCAGUUCUUUACCGGAUAGCAUAUUCCGGUGAGGUGCCGGAGAUUCCGGGUUUUCUAUCAGAGGAAGCAAAGGAUUUCUUGGGAAAGUGCUUAAGGAGGAAUCCGAAAGAGAGAUGGACGGCAAGUCAACUACUGAAGCAUCCAUUUCUGGAGGAAUUGAAUUCCAAUUCUAAGCAAAUCCACGAAUCUAAUUCAAGUUCUCCAACAAGUAUUCUGGAACAAGGCUUUUGGAGUUGUGUGGAAGAAUCAGAUAGUGUGGGCAAUCUAGUCCAUAGUCACACAAGUUUCGAAAAUUCGCCAGCUGGUAGAAUCAGACGGUUAGCUGUGGGUUCAGGGGAACCCAAUUGGAUAGAAGAUGAGAAUUGGAUCGCUACGAUGGGGAAUGAAGGAGGAGUCGAAGCAUCGACCAGCAAUAAUUUGGAAGAGUCAGAGAAAAGCAAUAUUAGUAGUAGCAUUAGCGAUUGUUUUUGGGAUGAUUACGAAUGUAGGGAUGUGAGUAUUAUAACAAGUAGUAUCAUUUUUGAGAGAGGCAUUGAUAAAGUGCCGAUCCAUCCAGUGUCAAUUUUUUUAUAAUUCAAUUCCAUGAUUCAAUACUCCA